AUGGCUGUCAAUGUGGUGCUCCAGAAGACCGCAGCCAGGAGACAAAGAGAGGAAGCAGCUAUUGUCGAGGCAUUCGUGCGGCAGCAGGAUUACAGCCAGUGGGUGGAACGAUAUGGCAUAGCUCGACGCGUGGACGGAGUUGUCGAUGGAGCUUAUUCUACAAGACAUAGCUACAAUAUUUCACGACUUGAGGCAGCAACCAAAGUUGCGGGAAUGAGGACGUGUAGUCAUGCUAUUGCAGAUGUACAUUGCAGACUGCUCAAAGUGCUCGUUCAGGGUGCGCCUGCCCUCCAAAUGACUGGUACACCAGUGUUUCAAAGCUCCACCUCGGGAUGGAUCCGACUCAAAAAGCUCCGAACAGUGACUCGAGAUGCAGCGCGCGAAGAUGAUGAUAUCGCUUGUGCGACGAUGGAGAUGAAUGAGCAAGAUGAGGCCGCAUUAGCUCCGCGCUUAUUCCUCACCCCACCAACAUUGGUGGUUUGCAGUCUCAUAUCCAUCAAACCAUCAUCGACGCAGUAUUUAUAA